CAGUACAAUCUUUAUCAAGUAAGAUGAGUUUGAAUGAUAAGAAGGUUCAUCCAGUGAGUAGUAAUGGAGACAUGAAGAAGGACAACCCCUUCAAGAUAUUUGUGGGUUACGAUUCACGCGAAGACAUUGCGUACGAGGUUUGUAGACACUCAAUACUACAGCGAUCUUCGAUCCACGUUGAGAUCAUACCAAUCAAACAAUCGGACCUCAGAAAGAAUGGCCUUUACUGGCGCGAAAGGGAACAGCUAGAGAGCACCGAGUUUUCUUUUACCCGGUUUUUGACUCCACAUUUGGCGAACUACGAAGGUUGGGCAGUGUUUGUGGAUUGUGAUUUUCUUUACCUUGCUGACAUUAAGGAACUGAGAGACUUGACUGAUGACAAAUAUGCCAUAAUGUGUGUUCAACAUGACUACACACCAAAGGAGACGACAAAAAUGGAUGGAGCAGUGCAGACUGUGUAUCCAAGGAAGAAUUGGUCUUCCAUGGUGUUGUAUAACUGCGGACAUCCCAAAAACAAAGUGUUGACACCCGAGGUUGUGAAUACGCAAACAGGCGCUUUUCUUCAUAGGUUUCAGUGGCUUGAGGAUGAAGAAAUCGGGUCCAUCCCAUUUACUUGGAACUUUCUUGAGGGGCACAACCAGGUUGUUGAGAAUGAUCCGGAAACUUUCCCAAAGGCGAUACACUAUACUCGCGGAGGGCCGUGGUUUGAGGCUUGGAAGGGUUGUGAGUUUGCAGACCUGUGGUUGAACGAAAUGGAGAAGUACGUGCAGGAAACGAAGAAGUAGAUCGGAAACUAGAUAGAAUUAGUAGGUGGUGUACUGCAUUUGAAGUUUGGGAUUCAUCAUUGAAGUUCAUUUGCUUUUGUUGCUGCUGUCUUAUGA